AAGACCCUGUUUCAAAAUAAAAGAUGAAAGGGGCUGAGGAUGUGGCUCUGUGGCAGAGUGCUCAGGGUUCAAUCUCCGUACUGCAAAAACAAAGAGCUUGACAAAAUAGGAAACUAAUGCCACAGGAUUCCCUUCUCUGAAUGACAUGACCCAGGAGUCAGGCUUCUGACCAGUAGAGGGCAGCAGACAGGUGCUGGUAAACAGGGAGGGCUACUAAAUUAGGCACCUGAGGAAGGUGUUUGGCUUGCUUGUUUGUUUUAUGGUGGUCCUGGGGAUCGAACCCAGGGGUGCUCUACCGCUGAGUUACAUCCCCCUGGCCUUUUAACUUUUUUUGAGGUAAAUUGUUGAGGCUGGCCUCAAACUUUUGUAAUCCGGCCUCAGCCUUCAGAGUAGGGUGGGAUUACAGGCUUUGGCCACCAUGCCCGGCUGAGGGAGGGAGGACUGUUAAGUACAGCCCCAUCUCACCAUAAGUGGCUGCAGAAACCCUGAUGCUUGGGUGGGGCUUAGGCAGGCAAAAAAUGAAGUGGACCCUGUGAAUGGGUUCCGAGGCUAGGGACCCUGGAGCCUGGGGCUACACCUGCAGGACAGGCCACACCCAUUAGCCCAUGAAUAUUGCCUUGCAAGGAGUCUGGAGAGUCCUCCUUCACUCCAAAUCCUGGGUGUUGUGGAGAAAAUCCCUAAACCUCAAUAACUUCUCUCCUCCUAGGCUCCUUUGUCCCCAGUUCUCUGGACAGUUAGAGGCAGGGCCAGGGUUCAAUCAGGGGUUCUGGUUUCCCCACUUACCUUUUCCCCUCCCUAGCCCAUCCCUGGCCUGGCCCCCAGGAGGAAUUUCUUGAGCCAAAGGGUGGCCAGAAGCACAGAUGCCCACCCCAGCGGCAUUCCCGCCACCUGCCCAGGUCAGAGCCCUGGGCCCAACCCCAGAGGGUGCAGGAUGACAGAGUCUGACAAUCAUUAAACCAGCCGGGCCUGAUUUCCCAGCACCGCCUGCUAGGAUCCGGGCCAAGUGGCACAGAAUAUGCAAAUCACCUGGGGCCAGGAGCCCAGUCUGAAGGCCAGGAAAUCCCCUCCAUCCAAUGAGCCACCAGCUCAGGUUACCGCUGGGACAAACUCCGAAGACCUGGUGUGGGGAGGAGCUCCUGCGGCUCUAUAUAGGACGGGUGGGGGAGCAUAGGGGCCAGACUUCUCACUGCUACCUGGCCGAGCUGUUGGCCACCUGGAUUUCUCUUCCACCUGUGACCUCCGAAGCCUGCCUGCCUGCCUGACGCCCGUACCUUGCCACCCGGUAGCCUCAUGGCUGCAACCUGUGAGAUUAGCAACGUUUUCAGCAACUACUUCAGUGCUAUGUACAGCUCCGAGGACCCCAGCUUGGCCUCUGCUCCCCCUGCUGCCACCUUUGGGGCUGAUGACUUGGUGCUAACCCUGAGCAACCCACAGAUGUCGCUGGAGGGGACAGAGAAGGCCAGCUGGUUGGGGGAGCAGCCCCAGUUCUGGUCGAAGGCCCAGGUUCUGGACUGGAUCAGCUACCAAGUGGAGAAGAACAAAUACGAUGCCAGCUCCAUUGACUUCUCUCGGUGUGACAUGGACGGGGCCACCCUCUGCAACUGUGCCCUUGACGAGCUGCGUCUGGUCUUUGGGCCUCUGGGGGACCACCUCCAUGCCCAGCUGCGGGACCUCACUUCCAGUUCUUCUGACGAACUCAGCUGGAUCAUAGAGCUGCUGGAGAAGGACGGCAUGGCUUUCCAGGACACCCUAGGAGACCCCGGCCCCUUUGAUCAAGGAAGCCCCUUCACCCAGGAGCUGCUGGAAGACGGCCACCAGGCCAGCCCCUACUACACAGGCAGCUAUGGCGCAGGAGCCCCCUCCCCUGGCAGCUCUGACGUCUCCACCGCAGGGACCGGUACUUCCCAGAGCCUCCAUUCCUCAGACUCCGGUGGAAGUGAUGUGGACCUGGACCCCACUGACAGCAAGCUCUUCCCCAGAGAUGGAUUUCCUGACUAUAAGAAGGGGGAAAGCAAGCACGGAAAGCGGAAACGGGGCCGCCCACGGAAGCUGAGCAAGGAGUACUGGGAGUGCCUGGAGGGCAAGAAGAGCAAGCACGCCCCCAGAGGCACCCACCUGUGGGAGUUCAUCCGGGACAUCCUCAUCCACCCUGAGCUCAACGAAGGCCUCAUGAAGUGGGAGAACCGGCACGAGGGUGUCUUCAAGUUCCUGCGCUCUGAGGCCGUGGCCCAACUGUGGGGCCAAAAGAAAAAAAACAGCAACAUGACCUAUGAGAAGCUGAGCCGGGCCAUGAGGUACUACUACAAACGGGAGAUCCUGGAACGGGUGGAUGGCCGCCGACUGGUCUACAAGUUUGGCAAAAACUCCAGUGGCUGGAAGGAAGAAGAGGUGGUUCAGAGUCGGAACUGAGGAGCUGAACUAGAUCAGGACCAAACUCAUGGACUUGGACUGAGGCCUGCAGCCCUCCUGGAGGCCAGGCAGGCUUGGAAGCCCCUCCAUUUGGAUGUGCUCCCUGCGGAGCUGUGGAGAAGCCGAAGUCUGGUGUGUGGUCAGGCCUGUCCUGGAGCGGGGCCUGCAGCCUCUCCUCUCUCCUCCUUCUGGAAUUAUAAGCCCUGGGGUUUGAAGCGACUUGCUCGCUGACUCUACAGCUGCUGGUUGGCUGCUUCCAAUCCCAACGCUGCUGCCGAUGACACCUUCCCUGGCAGAUGCUUGGACUCAGCCAUGGAGACUGUUGGGGAGCCCUGGGACAGAGGGGACAGGCAGUGUCCUCCAGCCCCUCCUUUCUGGACUGGCUUCCACCUCUCUGCUCAGUGCUUGGGCUCCACGGCGGGGGGUCAGAGUAUCCCUAAUUUAUGUGUUAUAAAUACGUCAGAUGUACAUAGAGAUCUAUUUUUUCUAAGGCAUUCCCCUCCCCCCUCCUCUCUCACUGAGCACUUGUGGCCAGACUUGUCACCCUGCCUGGCCAGUGAGAGGAGGGCUACAGCCAGACCCCUCAAGAUGGGGGUCCUGGCUCCUAUCUCCUGUGAAUGGAGGCCGAGACCUCCAAUAAAGCGCCUUCUAGGUUUUUCUAA